ACCCCAUUAGUUAGUAGUUUGUAAUUUCCUCAGCCAUCAAAUCAAAGUGGACUUUGUAACCUUUUUAAAAAUUGUGAUUUAUUAAGCCAUAGUCAUAAUUUUAUUGCAAAAACAAACAUAUUGUCAAAAUGUUCUCGCCAUACAGCAGGCAUUUGUUUUUCUCUACUCAACUUCGUCGAUUGCAAAGUACGCUCGUAGUUGCUGAGCACAACAACGAGAACCUGUUAGCUGUCACCCAGAAUGCUUUGAAUGCAGCUAAGAAAAUCGGUGGCGAUGUAUCUGUUCUAGUAGCUGGAACUAAGUGCGGCCCUGCGGCAGAGAAGAUUGCCAAAGCGGGCGGAGUGUCCAAAGUUCUUGUAGCUGAAAGUGAAGCUUUCAAGGGUUUUACUGCAGAGUCUUUAACCCCACUCAUCUUGGCGACUCAAAAGCAAUUUAAUUUCACACAUAUUGUAGCCCCAGCCACAGCAUUUGGCAAAGCCCUGUUGCCCCGAGUUGCAGCUAAACUUGAUGUAUCGCCAAUCACAGAUAUUAUUGGUAUUAAGGAUGCUAAUACUUUUAUAAGGACUAUUUAUGCAGGAAAUGCUAUCCUGACACUAGAAGCCAAGGACCCCAUCAAGGUCAUAACCAUAAGAGGCACUGCCUUUCCUCCAGAACCUCUGGAAGGUGGUUCAGCGGCUAUAGAAAAAGCACCAGAAGGAGAGUACAAAACUGACCUAACACAAUUUGUGUCCCAGGAACUUACAAAGUCAGACCGCCCCGAACUCACCAGUGCCAAAAAUAUUGUAGCUGGAGGUCGUGGCCUUAAGUCCGGCGAGAACUUCAAACUAUUGUACGAUCUGGCUGAUAAGCUGAACGCGGCGGUAGGCGCGUCGCGAGCUGCCGUCGAUGCUGGCUUCGUGCCCAACGAUUUGCAGAUCGGGCAGACCGGCAAGAUUGUUGCUCCUGACCUGUAUAUCGCUGUGGGCAUCAGUGGCGCCAUUCAACAUCUCGCUGGCAUGAAGGACUCUAAGACCAUCGUAGCCAUCAACAAAGACCCCGAAGCGCCUAUUUUCCAGGUAUCGGACCAUGGAUUAGUCGCCGACUUGUUUAAAGCGGUCCCCGAACUAACGCAAAAGUUGUGAAAAUAAUAUAAAUAAAAUGUAACUAGCUUUUUUGUUCCAAAAUAUAUAGG